AUGGAGGGCUCUACAGAGGAUCUAGGAGCCCCGGAGUCAUGGGAAGUUGCCGAUUUGGACGACUCCAUGAACCGCUUGAACCUUUUGAUAUCCUCUAACAAAGAUUCCAAGCCUCACGACCACACCGACGGUGCUUCGCCGCAUCUUCCUUCGUCUUCUUCUUCCACCACUGGGGACAAGGUCUUCGAUGAUGCCGUCAAUCAGGUUGAUCAGUUCCUUCGUGAAGCAAUUCAAAACCCUCGUGAACGUCUUUCAGUUUUACGGAUGGAGCAAGAUGUACUAAAUUUUAUUCAAGAUCCUAAUCAACAGCAGAUUGAGUUUAAUCAGCUUCCAACAUCCUAUUUGAGGUUGGCUGCACACCGGGUGGCUCAGCAUUAUUCAUUGCAGUCAAUGGUUUUACUGGAUAAUAAUAGUUUACCGGAUGGUUCUGGGUCAAGAAUUAUUGUUCGCAAAACUGCUGAAUGUAAGCGUCCUAUUAUUCGCCUUGCGGACAUCCCAGUGAAAUUGCCAUCAGAAAACAAUGCUGUAAUGAAGGUUGCAAUCAAAUCGAGGCCACAGAAACAAACGCAUGUUCUUAACAAUGCAAAUUCGAACUCAGGGAAAAAAAACAACUCUAAAAGUGUGGAAGAGAGAAAAGAGGAGUAUAAUAGGGCUCGUGCUAGGAUCUUUAGCUCAAGUAAUAAUGGUGGUACAGUGGUUGGGAAGCCAGAAUGUGAGACGAGGCAGCUGGAUAACUCAUUGCACGGUUCCUCUGGGUUUACUCGCGGGGAAGAUAGAAAUGCUUCUGUAUCUGAUAUUAGUUCCAGUAGGGGGGUGGUUGGUUCUUCAACUAAUACUGGUAGGGGGCUGGUUGAGUCUUCAACAUAUACCAGUAGGGGGCUUGUUGAAUCUUCAACUAAUACCAGUAGGGGGCUUGUUGAAUCUUCAACUAAUACCAGUAGGGGUCUGGUUGAUUCUUCAACUAAUACCAGUAAGGCUAGAAGUAGGACAGAAAAGGAGCCAGUCGGUAGGUACAGGCAAAGUAACAGGGUGGCCAUAUUCCGGGACCGUGAAAUUGACCGCAAGGAUCCUGAUUACGACAGAAGCUAUGAUAGGUAUAUGCAAAGAUUUGAUCCUGGGUUUGGAUUCAAUGGAGGAUCAUACCCAAUGCAGCCGAUGUAUGCACCAGUAUUGAAUUACAACACUGAGUUUCCACAACUUGGAUCCCCUCAUGUCCCCCAACGAUCUGCUGAACACCAACCACGGCCUCUUCCGCAGCAUAUAUCUGGGCAGCAUAUGUCAGGGCAGCAUAUAUCAGGAACUUGGGUUGCACAAUCAACACCUGCUGGAAUUGGAUAUGGACAUCCAGAGACCAUGAUGUCACCAUUUAAUCAUAAUCAAGUUGGUGCACACUCUUCAUCAACCAUGUACUUGCAUUCACCUCAGUAUCCCUGUCAGCAUCCUGGAAUGCCUUUUAUCCAUCCCGAACAUAUUCACCAGCCCUUUGCACAGUCUCAUCAACCACCACCUGAAGCAAAUUUUGGAUUGGCCCGGCCCCGAUGA